AUGUCGCCAACGUGGUGUUUCUUUUAUGUCACUAUCAUCAUAUAUACAACAACUGCUCUCGGCCGAUUCAUCGAUUAUCCUCUUCCAACCACUAUCCAGGUCUUCCGAGAGUCGAUACCUACCCUGACCACACGGGCCUUCCAUCUCGAAGCACGAUCAGACGAUGGUGCGCCGGAAUACACCAUAACAUACGCAUCUGAUUCAGUCUGUGGCUAUCUCUCUGGCUCGGUACAGAUUCCAAUCACUUGCGAGAACAAGAAUAGAUGUUUAUGGGAACUGGAAUCGUUCAAGUUCAUCGCCUGUGAACUAGAUGGUGAAACAACCGGUAUUGCUCGAACUAAAUGUCUGGCAAGAGAUGAAGCGCUUGAUCCAAAUUUAUGUGAUGAUGUUUGCGUGAGCAACACGUACAAUUUGCAAUGCACAAACGAUACAGCACCAUACUGUCGGACCUAUGCCUACCCUCGAGGAGUUCGCGAUUAUCGAUGUGCAUCGACGCCUGCUACAAGAGUCUCUAGUGUAGACUUUACCUACGAUGGACAAAAGUUUCCAGACCUCGAUGUAUCCACAGUCACGGGUGUUGAUCGUCCUCGUACAUCAGCCUCAGGUUCAAUCGCCUCAACCACAUCUGAAACAGAAUCAGCAUCGACGACCAGUGCAGAGCCAGAGCCGAGUACAAAAGAAAAGGGCCUGUCGGCUGGUGCCAUAGGCGGUAUUGUAGUUGGUAUAAUAUUUGGCAUCAUAUUUGCGGGAACAGGCAUCUGGUACUAUCGAACACAUCCUAGAGGGACCCAGACUAAUGCUGGGCUUUCUGAAUCACUACCCCCUGGAGGCAAAAGGGGUGACACCGUUGUGAAUCAGCGAACCGUACAGGCGGAAGAUGGGAUAGAAGUUGUGGAAGAGAUAUCUACUAGUACAUAA